AUUCAAUAAUCAAUCGGUGCUACUGCUACAUUCUGCCUAUAAGUACCGCCAUUCGCCGGUUCGAUUUCACUCAGACAUUGAUUGAAUUUGCAUUUGCAUUUGCAAGCGAGAGGUUCGAUGGAGAGGUUGAGCGCAAUUUCGUGUAUGGUUGUUUUGGUGCUUCUGUUCGGCAAUCGGAAUUCCGAAGCCUUCAAUCUGAGUGGAAUCGAUGCUGUGUCUCUGUCUUCGGAAGGUGCUCUGAAUGUGGCGCUCACUCUCAUUCAAGGCGCCGAUGCUAAAGGAGCUGUGUGUUUGGAUGGAUCGUUGCCUGGUUAUCACCUCCAUUCUGGAUUUGGAGACGGAGCCAGCAGCUGGAUUGUCGCAUUGGAGGGCGGUGGAUGGUGCAACGACAUUGAAUCAUGUGUUUAUCGCAAAACCACAAACUAUGGAUCAUCCCAACUUUUCGGUUCAAAUGCAUUCACAGGGAUACUCAGCGACAAAGCUUCUGAAAAUCCAGAUUUCUACAACUGGAACAGAGUCAAGAUCCGCUACUGCGACGGCGGUUCCUUCACCGGAGACAGCGAAGACAAGUCGAGCGGUCUGCAAUUCAGAGGACAACGCAUAUUCCAAGCAGCCAUGGACGAUCUCAUGUAUAAAGGAAUGCGAAAAGCAGACCAAGCACUUCUCACCGGCUGCUCCGCCGGUGGUCUAGCCACGAUCAUACACUGCGAUCAUUUUCGCGGUUUGUUCCCGAGCAGUACUAAAGUGAAGUGCGUGAGCGACGCCGGCCUGUUUCUCGACGCCAAGGAUGUUUCGGGCGGACAGUCCCUCAGGAGUUUCUUCAAUGGCGUUGUAAACUUACAUGGCCUCGAGAACACCCUGCCGAAGUAUUGCACAAGUCGCCUCGACGCAACUUCGUGUUUCUUCCCACAGAAUCUGCUUUCAGGCGUAAAAACACCAUUGUUUCUUCUCAACUCUGCCUAUGAUACAUGGCAGGUGCAAGAAAGCUUGACUCCGCCUUAUGCCGAUCCUAACGGCUAUUGGGGCGAAUGUAGGCAAAACAUCCACAAAUGUUCAUCCUCCCAAGUUCAAUUCUUGCAAGGCUUUAGGAACCAAAUGCUCGGCGCAAUCAAGGGAUUUCAAGCUUCACAGCAACAUGGUGUGUUCAUAAACUCUUGCUGGCUUCACUGCCAAUCGGAGACUCAAGAUCGAUGGUACGGCGAUAAAUCUCCGUCCAUCGACAACCGGGUGAUCGCGAAAGCUGUUGGAGAUUGGUAUUUUGAUCGAGCAAGUGUGAAGUCGAUAGAUUGUGCAUAUCCAUGCCAUGGAGAUUGCCUCUGAAAGAUAAGGUGGUAAAUUAAAAUAUUUACCAAAUAAAAAUUACAUUUAUUGAUGGCCUAUUGGGCUAAGAGAAUGUGAAUAAUGUGAAGAUUGCAAAAUAAGUUGCAAUGCCCAAAAUUGUUGUCCGUACAAUUUUGAUGGGAAAAGUUGAACGGAAGUAUUAAUAAAAAGGAGUGAUUCUU